AUGGCAGUGUUUCUGUGGCUAGUCUUCGUGCACAAACUACAGUGGAGUCCCUCGCAGUACCCUCCACCAUCGCGCCCAUGGCUGACCUUCGAUGCAGAACAAGGCACGGUACCAGACACCGUGGGGGGCGAACUCAUCAAGUUCAUCAUACGUAGUGGCCUACGCGAACUACAAACAAGGUUAGGCCCUCACUUGCUAAAUGCGGUGUCCGGAAAGAUCAUGGCGUGGCUUCCUAGGCGUGUGUUUUUUAUCAAAUCAAUGGCUCAUAAGCAUAUCAGUGCCGCGAUUCGGAACAUUAGGAAUGCCACGCAAUUCGAACAGGGUGAAGAUCGAGAUGGAGAGUGUACUGCCGGCCUAUACUCACUCACAAUCCUACCAGAAAGGCAUUUGAAGACACGCAACGAGUCCCAGAUGCUGUCUAAAACUCUGCCAAAGAAGAAAAGGGGCUUCGAAAAUGCUAUUGCCUAG